CGCCAAUUUCAUCAACAAACUUGCGCCACUUUUGAAGGCUCUUUAGUGCUACUUGGCGUUUUAUUGUUUUUAAUAGCUGUUUUUACCUUUUAUAGCAAAGAUUUCCUAUUUUUACCCUCUUUUAUUUUUAAGUUUUAACUUCAUUAUAUGGAUGAGGAUUUAUUUUCGGCCAUUGAAGGAGAAAAUUACAGGUAAGAUGCGGGCCGCGUGCGUGAGAUGACAUGCAUCCUGUUGUGAAAACUAACUGGCUGCUACUAUGAAUUCUGUCAGAGAUUCCUGUUACUAAGAGUUAGAUUCUUGGAGGGAUUUCCAAGCUCGACUUAUUAUUAAACAGACAUUCAGGCCUCAGACAACGAUCAAUAGUUUGUUAGACAAUAUAGAUUUCAAUCAUGUCAGCUGCUGAAUUGUGAUCUGUAUACUGUUCGUACGCUGUUUUAAAUGCCAUUUUAAUCACAACAUUGAUGUGAUAUACUUUUAUUUCGAUUUCAUUGGCAUAAAUACCUCGAAUAAAAUGGGAAGUCAUAAAAAGUACAUAUUUAAAUUUUUCUCAUUUCCUUAUCUUGAUAGAAAUAUCUGUAUGUGACUUUAUAUUGUGAACAACUGUGCCUGGCGGCUAGAUAGCAACUUCCGUACAACUGGGACCUAAGCCUAAAUAUUAAACAUCUAUCUCUGACUUCCUAUCUGUUUUGUUUUGUUUUGUCUUUUUCUUUUACUUAGUAUAUGUAUGAAACUGUGUUGUGAAAGUAGCCAGGGCUGAUGCUUGUAGAGCCCUAAAAUAGUUGCUAAGAUACAUGUAAUGUUGGAUAGAUAUUCUUCAGGACUAAGCAGCUAUCUAUUUGCAGGCUUGCAAGAGAUCUCGUUGCAAAAGGAGCAAGAUCAGACACCCUAGUGAGGGAUGGCCUAAGUGCUCUACACUUAAUAUCUGGUUAUGAGAGCCAAGAUGCGUCCAAGAUUCUGGAAUAUUGUGCUAAGGAAUCAGACACUAAUGUCAAGUCCUCAGAAGGGCUUACCCCUUUACAUAUUGCAGCCCUCUGGGGUAGAUUGCACAACUUGAAAAUUCUGAUCAGAUAUGGCGGAGAUAUUAAUGUGACGGAUGAUGAUGGCAAUAAUGCAUUAGAUUUGGCAUCUUUGUCAGGAGAAAAUGACUCUGAAGGCUGCGUUAAGUUCCUACUGGAGCUGGAACUUCAGAAAUCAAAGCCUAGUUCUGCUGCAAUUAUUGCAUCAGGUGAAUCAAUUAUUGAUUCACCUGAAAAAUACCAUGAACAGUCUACAGAGGAUUUUUCUGAAUCCUUCUUCACAGCACUCGGAGAUGAAAGUGUGUUAGACCACACAGUUGUGACUUUUCCUAAGUUACAUCCAUGGAAUGUUAAAAUAAGUUCAACUGACUUUGACAUCACUGUUAUUGAUAAAAUGGAUGACUUCAGUAUUACUGAUUGCAGGUGGGUAAAUUACUUAUACAUUAUUUAUUAAAAUUAUUAUUAAAUUUGGAUAUAAUGCAACAUGAAACAGUUGCUAUAUUUAUGACAAUUGAUGACAUUUUUUCUCUUAAGUCAUGUUUUAUAACUUUUUUCUUUCAAUGUUUGCUGGACGUGCUAAAGUAACUAGGGUUUAUGUACAAAGCACUCUGCAGGGCUGUGCUCAUGGCUGUAGCAGUGCCCAGUGAUUUUGUUACAAAUAGUUAUGGUGAGUCCUUGGACUCAUCUUGCAAAAAAUCAUGAGUCCCAGUCCAGAACCAAUGAGUCCCAGUUAAAAAAAAAAGGAGUCGUAAGUUGAAAAUGCUUAGGCCUCAUAUGUAACCAGACAGUUAAUCUGGAGACAGAUGCCAAAAAUCCUUAUUACAGUUUACUGAAAUUGAAAAACAGUCCUUCUAUAUAUUGAAAGCACAAAAAUUACUAAAAUAUUUUUGCAUCUUUAAACAACAGCCACAGAAAUCACACAAACGGGAUAUUUUACCAUAAAAUCUCAGAUUUUUCAUACAAAGCAUAUGCUGGGCACCCUAGAUUAUACAGAUUCAGAGCACUGGGCUCCCUUCAAUUUUCCUUAGAGCACAGCCUUGAAAAUCAUUGAUGCCCAGUGGCCCCUACUGGUGCCUCACUUUUGCUCUUAAACAACUAAGAAAUCUUAGUUUUUGCAUAAAAAAAUAAUAAUAGGCUGGAGGCAUCCUAACUUUCACAUGUUCAUCAUGUUCAUAGCUCUGUGCUCCCUACAGCUGCCUUUCUUUAGAGUACCGAUCCUUGGCUUGAGUAACAACUUUGCAUUGCUUAUACUCAGAAACUGUAUUCUACAAAUAUCUUUAAAUAAUUGAGAUCAGUAUUGACUAUGAGCAGCCGUCUUUUCUUCUUCUUUUCUUGUGUCAUGUGGCUUUGCUGCUUUGCUACAGUGUACCUCUUGCCGGUGGGUGCUCACCACAUGACUGACUUUGAAGAGAAAUAUGAGACUGUUCACACUCUAAAUAUUGGUGGUAAAUCAGGACUUGGAUUUCCUGUGGUUUGAUGCACUUAGUGACCACCUCCCAUAUUAAGCAAGCAAAUCUUCAGUGAGCAUUUUGGGUGGUGGCUUUAAGUAUCAGAGGUUUGACUAUAAAAUCAGAUUUGGUCAUCUAUUCCAUUGACGUAGUUACAUAAGUUAUUAAUAUGUUUUCCCACAUGUUUCAAGAUUUGCAGAUCCUGAUGUGAAUGAUAACACAGUGUUUGAGGAAGGAUACCAGGAGCAAUCUUUUACCGAACAGGGUUGGUAUAUGAGAAACAUGAUUCAGUGACAAAGGGUUGGUAUAUUCUGAUAAUUUAAGAGUAGAGGGAUAAUGACAUGAAAUGGUGACAGGAUUCUAUCUUUUUUCUGUCCACGAUCGGUGACUCUUCAUCAAUUUGUUGCUGUCAAUUAAAAAAUGUAACAAAUGUUGCAUUUUGCUGUUAAAAUUGUGCCACGAUCCUAUAGGUGACAUCUUCUCAUAAACCUGCUGUUUAUGCUUCCCCACUGAGAUCAUUAAUAUUUUUUGUACAAGUGUUUGUGUUCACCAGCUAUGACAGGCAUGUAUUUAAACCAUUUAAUAAUGGAUUGCAUUAUUAUCCUUCUACUAAAAGUAAAAGGCUAUGUAAUGGAAGCUCAUUUUGUUAAUAGUACUUGAUCACUGCCAAUUACUUUAUAUCUCUAGUCACAUACAUUGAUUUGUACCUAUGGAAUUGAAGUUAGCAACAAAUUACUUGCAAACCACAUGACAAACAAAAUGACAUUUCAAGUAACAAUCAACAGAGAUGAUCUUUGAAAAAUAAUAAAUUGUUAGGCAUUUGAAUUCUCUCCAGUUUUUUUUUUUUUUGCUUCUUUUUUACAGGUUGUAUUUGUGGUGUUAUUUCAACCUUCUUUCCUUUCAAGCAUUUACUUCCAUGUUUGGGCCAUUUAGGUGGCCCAUGUUUGGGUCAAGUAGCUAGGUGGCAGGCAAGGCCGUUGUUUUUUGCCCACUAAUAAUGUGGCUAAAUUUUAGGUGGCCAGUUUUUGCUGUAAUAAUGUGGCUAAAUUUCAUGACACUUCUUCUAUAAUUAAUUUCAUCCUGUUCCAUUUGCAUUUUCUUUUUUUUUUCCUCUCAGUUUCCAUCAGUGAUCCUAAAUUUUGUGAUACCACAAUCUUUUAUGCCAUCUGAAUAUGGCUAACUUCAAUGACACAGCUCCUACGUAAUUUAUUAAAUUUUAAUCAAGUUGGUUGUUUUAUCUCAGUUUCCAUUGAUGACCCAGAAUUUGGUGACACCACAAUCUUUUAUGACUGGAAAGAAUGCAGUUCAAUCAUGCCUGCAGAUGAGAUGACUGAUCACAAUGAGUCUGUGGUCAUUCCAGAAAGUCUUCAGCACCUCUCCACUCCAGAACUAAGAGAGAAGCUUCAAGAGCAUGGUGAAAUACCUGGUCCUAUCACACCAGUCACUAGAAAUGUGUACAUUAAAAGGCUUGCCAGAUUAAACAGUGGCACAACUAUUUCAAAGGUAUCAAAACUCUUAAAAUUGUCCUUACUCCCCAACCCUCCCCACCCAUGAAAACUCACUAGAAUUUCAAAAUGGAUAGGGACAUUUCUAACACCACACUUUUUGAAAGAUUGUAUGAAGCUAAAGACAAGCUUUCAAAGGUUGGUGGGGAGAGCUUUAAUCGAACAGCCCUCUCACUAAGGUUCCUAGAAAUAGCCAAUGAACCAGCUCCUUUGAAUUUUCAGCUUCCUACUUUUUGUAGACUCUCCCUUAUUUGCCUAUAAGAUCAUCAAGAUCGAGUGCUACAGGCAGCCACUUGACCAAGUCUAGCUUCAGUGAAGAUGAACAUGAACAUUUCUAUACUUAAGGGGACGGUUUAGGAGGAGGCGAGAAAAAUAGAGGAUUUGUCGCAACAUCAUAGGAGCUCAUGUUUAGGGGUGUGGCAGAAAUUUCCUGCCUUUUUUAGUAGAUGAGAUAGUCAUGUUCAAGAUAGGAUGGCUACCUGCAGCCCUCAUUCUCAACUAUCUUAUGGAAAAGUAGGGGACUGCGAAUAGUCUAGUACUUUUUGAUAAUACUUUUACAUCCUUGCUGUUGUAGCCUGAGGGGCUGCAAUGGUGUGACUGACAACUCUAUACCUAGAACACUUAGUCCACUACCGUUAAGAGAAAAAGUUAUCUUUGUGACCAUUCUUUAAUCAAAUAAAUAUUAUAAACAAUAAUUCAAGCAAUCUUCACUAACAAAGACAGUAACAACAUGUUAUUGUAAUAACUCCUCAAUACCCCUCAACUCUGUUGUUUUACUGUUUGGAAUUUACAAACAAAGGCAUUAUAUUCUUAUUGCUAAGGGGCAUGUCAUUGCUAGAGUUUAAGAUUAAUGCAAUCUUUUUUUCAGGAUUCACAGUUUAAGGAGUAUUUGCCAGAAUUACGCAAACAUAUGGAAGGUAGAACAGACACGCCAGAUUUAUGUCUGGAAGAAGAGUCAAUGUGCCUUGAUUUUGAUCUCAAGAAAAAUUGGAGGGAGGGGUAAGUUGUUUCUAUAGGCUGCUGGUUGGUCUUUUCGCGCGUGCUAGUAGUGAAAUCAAAGUCGGCGUGGCUUAAAUAAGUGGCCAAACUGUAGAAUUUAGAAAGAAUUAUUUAAGAUUACUGGGCCUCUUAUGGGGAUCUGGACUAGUUAAUAGGGAGUUUAAGCAAAUUCCACACGCAGGGCUGUCGGUAAGGGCCAAGGGCCGACUACAAGCAUGAUCCCCAGCUACCUUUUUAGGAAAUCAAAACUUAAACAGCAAUAUUUAUCAGUGUAGUUGGAUUUCUGAAAACGUUACCUCCCCCCCCCCCUAAAUAUCCAAAUAGCCAAUAUAAAAACUAAGAGUGCAACUAUUGCUUUUUUCUCUUCUCCUCCCUUUUGGCCCUCGUCCAUUCUACUGGCUGAAAAUUUCGCUAGGUUCGUUUUUAAAAAUCCGGCAAGAUAUAUACAUGUAUCAACUUAGUAGUUAAAUUAUCGGAUGAGUCACUGUCUAUUAGGAGUCAUUUCCUGAUUGGCUUGGCAAACCCUUAGGGCUGGCAGCAGUGUUAAUGUUUCUUUGUACUACUCUAAGUGAUCUGUAAGUCCUUUUAUUAGACUGCGAGCGGUCUCUCUUUUGCUCUAAAAUCUGUGAGCGAUUGCUAUAAUUAUGUGAGUGUUAGAGCGGAGAAAACGCGUGAGCAGUGUGUUGUGCGAAUACUCAUGUAUCCCACUCACAGAUUUUCGAGCAUUUGGCCCAGGGGCGGAUCCAGGAUUUUUUUUAGGAGGGGGUGCACUACAACAAUAUUUAUCAGCCUGCCUGCUCUACUUCAACACCAAUAAACCACAUAGUUUUCUUUUGCAGAAUACCAGUUGUAUUAGAAAGCCGCAGGUCAUCUCAGGGAGGGGGGGGGGUGCGCACCCCCUGCACCCUCCCCCUAGAUCCGCCCCUGAGGCCGACCUUGGUAUUUGACUAAUCCCGCAUUUCGCCAAUCGGGUACAACUGCAUUCAUACACCCCCAGUUUUUUUGGUGAUUUUUCUGCAUACUAUGGUUUGAUAAGAAUAGCCCACUUUCGAUAUAUUAAAAUUCUAACGUGUCUUUCUGGUCAUUUUUCUAUAUUUGGUUUUCUUUGUGAGACAAUGGAGUCUUGAAAAAUUUGCAAUUUUGUCCCUAAAGCCUCGAAAUCAUGCUAGAAUUUUAAAUACCGAACAUGGGCUAUUUUUUCUUUUACCUUCCUCAGAACUGAAAAAUCAUCUUUCAAUUACCUGUUAAUUGAUCCUCGCGUGACACAAAACCUUCCUGUAAGAGCGAAAAAGAUGGACCCCGACGACGUGUUCAGAGUUUUCGUGAUGGCUAUUUUUUACGUUGGGAAAGGAAAGAGAUCGCGACCUUAUGCACAUCUCAAUGAAGCCCUACAGUCGUCUAAGGUAAGGUCAAAUCAAAAGUAUUUUUCUCCGUGACUUGGUGUAGUAGAUUGCACAGGCCUAGCUAAACUGGUAACAUUGUUUCUGCUUUGUCAGGGUCAUGUUUUAAUGAGAGCAAGGCCUCGCCCACUGGUAUUCGGGUAUUUCUGAAAACGGAGAUUCUUUUCUCCAUUUUCAAAAAAUGAGCGUCCACACGCAGCUUGUUCCAAACGUUUUCGCUCGUCCUCAAGAAAACGCUUGAACAAUGGAAAUAAGAUGUAAAAUGUAUGCCGGAAAUCAUCUUUCUAAGCCGACGUUUUUUGUAAAAAAUAAAACCACGCUGGGACUGUUUUCGAAAACCUACCGUUUUGGUGCCCGAAAACGCCGUUUGCGUGUGGGCGGAAAGCUAAAACGGAGAAAAUUAGGCCUAAGAUAAGAGGGAAGUGGGAAAACAAGUGUUAAAUGCGAGCGCGGUUAGAUCAGGAGAACAACUGCUUUUGCUCUCCUUAUGCUCAACUAUAACCUUCUUUGCUUACGUUUUUAGCUACUGUUUCUGUCAAGCUCAUUAUUUUGAAACAAAGAUACAGAAAGUGAUAUAAAGCAUUAACUAAUGAUUUUCGGGUAUCCUUCACUAUGCGGCUACUUUUUCGUUGUAAAAAUGAAACAAAGCAAAUCCUCAAACGUUUGAAUGCGUUGGAUCAUGUGAUUGGCUAAAAUAUCUCGCGCCAUUUCUGUUACGGGCAGUUUCUCUUGCUCUCGUUUUCCCACGCUUAUUUCACUCAAGUUUUGACUGGUUCUUUGGGUUGUGACUGGCCACCUGCCCAAGUAGUUUGUAUUGAUCUAUCCCCAUUGUUUUCCCAAUAACUCUUUGCAUCUUGACUUCUUUCAACAGCAUAAUGCUAAGAUACAACAAAUAAGAGACAUCUGGGCUGCAGGGCUUGGAGUAGUGUCACUACACAUUUUCCAAAGUGUCAUUCCGGUGGAGGCGUACACGCGAGAAGCGUGUAUGAUUGACGCCCUUGGUAAGAUGAUUAUUUAUGCAAUACAGUUUGGUAAUAAUUGAAUUAAGCCUGAAUGAAAGGGAUAGUUUCGCAAAUGUUGCCAGCUAGCUAAGCACGAGGAAGACUACGAGAUUUUCUUAAUGUUAGGUAGUGCGUGACCGUGUACCAGCGUUGUUUUGGCAGGAAAGGAUAUAUUAGUCGUCAUUCUACUACGGGUUUUAGCCAGAACGUCGUAGCCGUGGAAACAAGAUAUCAAACGUUAGAAGUUUCGAUUUCUUUAUUAGGGAGCCUAAGCAAAAGCGUUUUUGAGCGACAGACGUCAAUCGGAAGUGGGCUUUUUGCAUCAUUGGGGAGUGGUUGGGUUCAAACGCUCGGGUAAAUCGGUCUUUUUAAGAGAAAAUAAACUUAGCAAUACAAACCCAGUUUUAGCGUCAAGACACAUAAAAAAGGGGGAAGGUCUCCCUUCCGAUUGACGUGCGUCGCUCAAAAAAGUCUUUGGUUAAUCCUCUUCAAUAACUACAACCGUACUAACCUUUCUGACGAAAAUAGUGUAAUGAAGCUUUCCAGGGGUAUAAUAUUUUUAGAAGACGCGGAAAAACCUUGAGUGACUCAUUCUCGUCCUCGUCCUCGUCCUCAAAUUUAGAGGUCUCUAAUUUAUCCAGGCACAUGAGAAUUUCGCGUCGAAAAGCAAACACUGAUCGGUACCUUUCUUCAAGUGACGAGAAACAAGAUUUCAUCCACCGACUCGACCGUUGCGUGGCAAUUAAGCAAAGCCUAGGUGUACAGCCCUCCUCUCUAACAAAAAUUCAGGGAGAGACAUCAAUUAGGGAACUACAAAACAACCUGCAUUCAUAGGUUCGAAAGUAGCAACCAAACUCUCUCUCGCAAAUUGAACUUGAAAGAAGAAUCUUGGAAUUAUAAGGUUAGAGAGAUAAAUUAGAUGUAAUCACACUAUGUACGUUAAUACUAUUGCAAAACGUUUGCUUUGCUGUACCUCAGUCGCAACUAACGACGUAAAAAAGUUGACCUCUCGACUUGGGGGGUGGGAGGUAGUAAGGAAAACGAAGAAGACUAAGGUUGCACCUACACCAACUUUGUGCUUCCCUAGCAACUCCCUUCCCCCCUCACCCCUCCCACUUCCACCCUCGAGACGAUCGAUCAGCCUAUUCGAGACAGAGCUUUGAUGCUAAAGAAUGUUAGACUAUUUUGUAGCGAAACGUUCCGCGCGAUAAGCAAAGUUGGGUUAACAAAAUUGUCAUCUCCAAAACUCAUUGUCCGAGGACAUAAUCCAGUGGUUAUAACAGUUUUUUUUUUCGGCUUGAUCAGGUCUUUCACGUCUAACCAACAAAAAGAGAGGUAAUUACUAUGGUAGAGCCCAAGCGUGGCCUCAAAGAAAAAGAAGAGAAAUGGGCGUUUAUCUUCUCAAAAGGGCGCUCAAAAUUCUGCUCAAUGAAGGAGAAAGACAACUUCGCCCUGGGGAUCUACGGGUCGCUCAUUCUAAUUAG